AUGGACUAUUAUCUCUGGUUGGAUCACACUGCAGAUGGACUCGAUGAUGAUUGUCGCCAAGCUUUGCAAAAAGCUCAUGGAGUUACCUUUGAAGGCCUGAAGAAUGGCCAGUGUCCAGACAUACUGGUUUUUGUGUUGGAUUGGAUAGCCUAUCACAAGGAAAAAUGCAAGGAGCAUGAUUUCUGUGGGGCAUUACAGGGAUCCAGAGGAGGAGAAGAUAUUCAGCAUCUACUCAAUGUGAUUGAUGAUUCCUUCAACACACCCGAAGGCCCUAUCAGCACCCCAUCAGUGAUUAAUUCACCUGCUCCAGACAAUUCAUCAACUCAGAAUGUGUCUGUAGCUGAUGACAUCAAUAUGUCAAAUCCAUUCCCAAUGUUCCCACUUCCAUUUGAUAUCGAAUGUUGCACGAUUUCCCUGAAUAAUCUUGGGGAUGAUGCUCAAGAAAUCCUUGUAGGUUGCUUGGGCAAAUGGCUGCCCAGUCAUGUUGCGAUGCGAUUCCGAGAAAUACAAGGGCUUGAUCAUGAUGAACCAUUGGAAAACCUUGUGUCCAAUGGAAUACUCCUCACAGCACGAAGUACUGAUGAAUUUCUAGAGAUAUUUGGGAUGGCAGAGAUGAUUGCCACAUGCCAGGAAUUAUUGGUGGAAUGUGGUGCCAUGGCAAGAUUCUUCACUGUUGCUGGGCACGCGCUCUAUACGUUGUAG